AUGCAUACAGCUCAUCCCCCCCUUCCGCCCCUGGGCAAUUCUGACCACAACCUGGUUCACCUCCAGACUGUGUACCAACCUCUGGUCCACAGGCAGCCGGUGCCCACACGCAACAUGAAUAAGUGGUCUGAGGAGUCUGAGGAGGCUCUGAAAGACUGUUUCGACACUACUGCGUGGGAUGUGUUNAGCCUCGAGCUGAUGCCAUCUGGACCUGCCGCUUUCCUCGCCUUACACUUCUGCAGCUCCCUCCUCACCUGCUCCUUCUGUACAGUCUUCAGCUCCUCUCUGUUGCCAGAUCUGAAGGCCCUCUUUUUGUCUUUCAGGAGAGCCUUUAUUGCAGUGCAGCUGUUCCUCCAUCCUCUUCCUGUGACUAUACAGAAGGAGCUGAGGUGGAAAAUCAGAGAGGGGAAAAACAGCUACAGGAAGAGGAUGGAGGAACAGCUGCUGCAGAGGAACAAAAGCUUAUGGGACACAAUCAAAAACAAAAGGGAGGGUGAAAACGUAAGCGUACCCAGGAGAAACAAAACGGACCAGCCACUGAAGAUGGCAGCCAACAAAACCUUCCAAGUGUCCCGAAAGUCAAUGUACAAGCGGGAAAAGCCACGCAGCCCUCUUGCUGCUCUCAAUAAGGGCGAAGCUGUCAGAGAGCGGUCCCUCUCCAAGCCUACUCCAAUGGACAAAUACUUUCAGAAAUCAGAGGAGCAGAAGGCCUAUAAUUUGUCUGACCAGGAGAAUAUCGAUUUUCUUCAGAAGGACUCUCCUCCUGUCCUACUCGUCCCAGCCGGGAAGCUGAUGGACUCUGGCAACAUGUCUGCUAGUCCACAUCUGCAGGUGGGCAAACCCGAAUAUAGAGAUCUAACCAAGAUGCUCAACAAGACACUGUCACCUAUCGGGACACCGGAGAUGUUUAAGAAGUUUAUGCCACGUAUUCAGUCCGACAGCCCACUUUCUGCUGACAGUGGGUUAACUGGAACCCCGGUUCCCUCUUUGAAAGACGCACUUGCCCUCAUUGACUCAGAUCUGACCAGAAUGAACACCAGUCCUAGAGACACAAGUUCAAGCUGUGGAUUUUCAGAUUCAUUGGACUCCAAGAGUGGGACUUGUGGCUAUGGACCUGACAAAAAUGUCCUUCCAGUGUUACCUGAUAGCCCACAUGGGUCGGACUCCAACGAGCCGAGGCUGACCUUCUUUGUCAGCAAAAAGGUUGUUGUGAGCGAGGUGGUUUUAGAGGCUGAUAAGGCUACGGAAUGGGUCAAAAAGGCCUCUUUUACUUCUGCCACGGUGAUCAAGAACAAAGCACCAGUGGAGGCAAUUAUUUCGAGUGGAAGGAAGAUAAAGAAUUCAAGACGAAGGCUCUUAGAGAAAACCCUGGAGCUGUCUGAUGGAAGCAGUCUGUGUGAUUCUGCACCAGGAACACCUAUCCUUCCUGUCAUAAAGCUAGAAACGGAAACCAAAGGAUUGCAAAACUCUGCAAACUCCCUGUUUGAUGACAGCCAUCCAGCCCAGGGGUUAACCUCCUCCAGCCUGACUCCACGCCUUGACGGCUCCCCUACACCCAUCACCUUCCCCAUCACCUCCCCUCCGUCUUUGGCCCCGGCUCGCUUCUCUUUCUCAGCCACUUCCACGCCCCCAGCAGCCCACGCUCCGUUUGUUUUUCCUGUCAGCUCUCCGUCGCCCCUGUGCUCAUCUUCUCCUCUUCACCGUCACCUGACACCACAAGCGUCUCCAAAUCUGUCUGUAUCUCAGUCCGUGCAGGAAGAAUCAUUUCCCAUUUACAUGGCCGUGAAUAGCAAGAAGAGAAAGAGUGAGGAGUAUUUCAAAAGUGAUGUGAAGAUUGAGGAUGCUGGGAAAGCUGAACCUGUCAAAAGGAGCAAGGUGGUUCCUGGGAAAAAGGAGCCCCUAAGAUCCGUCCAGGAGAGGAGGAGUGCAACACAGAGGCCCAGAACAACAGGCUCAGUGAGAUCUAUGACAACAUCAUCUUUAAAGAUGGCAAGGUCUGUGGUUCCUGCACAGGCCAAGCAACCAAGCUCCAAACUCACCUCAUCACGAGGUGUCCAUUCUCUGAGGUCAUCUCGUAUUUCCUCCAUGAAGACGUCAAAGAUUGUUGCUGUAGCGCAGUCAAAGCUGACCUUCAUCAAGCCGGUGGCUCAAACAGCCAUACCGAGACACCCGAUGCCGUUUGCCGCAAAGAACAUGUUCUACGAUGAGAGGUGGAUCGAGAAGCAGGAGAGGGGAUUCACAUGGUGGAUCAACUAUGUCCUCACCCCUGAUGACUUUAAAGUCAACACUGAAGUCGCUAAAGGUAGCAAUCAGCGGGCUGUCACUGCUUAA